AUGUCGCACUCCGAAGAUGAAAAGAUGACCGGCACUCUGACGCCUGAUAUGGAGAAGACGCCUGCAGAGGCUUUCGUUGUAUCUGGCGAGCAGGCAGACUAUGUUGACGACCUCAAUGAUCAUGUGCCUCGCAAGACCGGCCCCUUUGCGCCGCUCUGGCGGAUGGCCGAUCGCCUUCGCACUGCCGGCGUAGAGACCAGAGGCAUCGAGCGUGUGCCACCGACAGAACGUCAGCAGAAGCAUGUAUAUGACCUCUGCACGAUGUGGCUCGCCGCCGACACGACCAUCAGCACUUUCGCACUUGGUAUGCUAGGAUCCUCCGUCUUCUUCCUCGGGUUCAAGGAAGCCACUCUCGUCAUCAUCUUCUUCAACUUGCUCUGUACGAUCCCUGUCGCCAUGUUCUCGGUAUGGGGCGCCCGUCUCGGCCUCCGUCAACUCUGUCUAUCUCGCUUUUCCUUCGGUAGAGCCAGCUUGGCGCCAGUGGUGCUGAACUGUAUCGCUUGCGUCGGUUGGUCGACAAUCAAUGCCAUCGCCGGUGCUCAGUGCCUGCGUGCGGUCUCUGACACACAUCGCAUACCUGUCUGGGCUGCCGUAGUCAUCAUCGCCAUCAUAACGCUCGUCGUCAGCUUCAUGGGCUACAGAGUCGUCCACAUCUACGAAAAGUGGUCCUGGAUCCCUGUUGCGAUCAUCUUCUUCAUCGUCUUCGGCGAAGCCUACACCGAAAUGUCCUCGCCGCCCUUUGAACCUGCCAGUCGCGAGCUCACUGGAUCCAUUCUGUCCUUUGGCGCUGCCAUUGCGGGCUUCGCGCUCGGCUGGACUAGCCUUGCAGCAGACUACAGUGUGCAGCUGCCUGAAGAUACCUCUGCCUUUGCGAUCUUUGCUUGGACAUACGCCGGUCUCAAUGUCCCACUGAUCCUUGUGGAAACACUAGGCGCUGCUAUGAUGACUACCAUCACGGCCAAUGCCGAUUGGAACGAUCGCUACCUCGCCAAUGGUUCCGGCGGUCUGUUGUCUGGCCCGCUCAGCAAGCUCGGUGGCUUCGGCCAGUUCCUGCUUGUCAUUCUCGCACUGUCGAUCGUGGCCAACAACAUUCCCAACAUGUACUCACUCAGUCUGACUUUCCAGACACUUGGACCGUACGCACAGGCCAUCCCGAGGCCCUUCAUCACACUCCUGGGCACGAUCAUCUACAUCGUCCUCGGCAUCGUCGGUUACUCCCACUUCGAGACGGCUCUAGAUACCCUGCUCGUCUUGCUCAGCUAUUGGCUUGCUUGCUUCACCACUGUCUUGCUUGCGGAGCACUACGUCUUCCGGGGCGGCAAGUUCUCGAACUAUGAAGCCGAUGCGUACGGCGACUGGUCUAUCCUGCCAAUGGGUCUAGCUGGCACCCUCGCUAUUGGUGCAGCUAUCGCUGGAGCAGUCGUCGGCAUGUCUACGGUCUGGUACGUGGGCCGCCUGGCUCUUGACAUCACAGCUCCGUACGGAGGCGAUCUCGGCUUCGAACUCUCGUGCGGUUUCUCGCUGGUCGCAUUUAUUCCUAUGCGCUACAUCGAGAAGCGGUAUAUUGGUCGAUAA